UUCUCUCGUUCGUUCACCGUCAGCACACAAAGAUUUCUUCAAAGUUACUCUAAUAUUGAUAUAAAAACAUUUUGUCAGCCUAAGUAAUAUGCAACAGAGGAAAUAGGAGAUGGGAUAUUCGCGAAUCACAAGAAAUGCCUCGAAGGUCAAAACAGAGAAUAGGGCGGAAUUCUGGCGGUUAUCUCAACCAAGCUGAUUUUAAGCUUGGUGAUUUUGCUGAUAACCCUGCAGCAAGGUUGCCAUUGAGAGUGAGCAAGAAAUCUUUUCGGAUGAAGUACGAUACGGUUCAAAUAGCUGACAUGAGGGAAGAGACAGCAUCUCUGGUCAAGAGCAAACUGAUGACCCAGGAAGAAGAUUCAAAGGCGGAAGAAAAAAUGGAGAAGAAGGAGAAGGAGGAAGAUCUUGCUUGGGACGAGCGAGAUUGGGAUGAAAAGGAUUCCUCUGAUUUUGAGACCGAUGCCAGCUAUUCAACUCACCAACAGUUCGAUGAUGAGAAUGAAGAAGAAGGAGACAAAACCACCAGGAAGAAAUCACGGAAAGGUUCCAAGAAGAAGGGUAAAGCAAAGUUAGAACCCGUCCAGGAGGGCACGAGGGUGUACCCGAUAGACCUCUGGUAUAUUCUUGCUGAUUAUGUUAGACCUGAAGACAUCGCUACAUUCUCAUGUCUGUGCAAGGAUGCGUACAGUAUUACAAGGACAGUUUCAUUCUGGAAGAAAUUGUAUUUCAGAUACCUCAACCCCAACACUGUUCUUCCACCAUAUCUUAAGCCGGAGGGGAUAGAGCGUACCCAUGGCCUUUGUGCAUUCGUGAUCCGUGCCCUCUACUUCCUGCAUGAGCCCUACAGACUCUCACUCAACAAGCCCUGCCCUGUCGGAGAAGGCCACGCCUCACCCGAAGCCAUCAAAGAUUAUACUUGCCUUUAUACUUGGUCCAGCGGAAGGAUGGGGCACCAUUUUACGCACUUUAUGAAGCUCCGUUUGUGCAGCAAAGAGGGCGCCGUGGUGCAUAAAGGGAAUAGCUUCAAUAAAGACAUCUUUGCUAAUGACAAUCGCAGGGAAUGUAUCCUCAGAGUCCAUUGCGAAAGCUUCCAGGACGUACCAUCUGGGAUGAUCAUGGGUCUUCAGCUUCUGAGGGCUUCAGUGAGCGUCAGCGCCAACAUGCGCUACCAUAAGGUCAGGUUGGAGUUUGGCCGGAAAGACCGCAGGGGUUUUUGCGUCAAGUCCAGCGUCAUCAUGGUCGUCCUGGAUCCUGUCUUGAAAGUGGAUGUCCUGCAAUGGUGGCACCCGCAGUUCCGCGAAUGUUCGCAGAGGUCCAUCGAUAAGGCGUUUGCCCAGAACGUAGCGAACCUGAGAGAAAAUAUUGUUUGGGAAGGACUAUAGGUUAACGCCUGGGAUAAGCUUUCAAGCAAGCUGGAACGGAGUUGAGGCCAGAGUUCUGAGGCCUGAGGCAGCUGGAAAGCUCUUUCUCCUAUAGACUUUGUACAUGUAACUCGGCCCAAGGCUAAGGCCGGCAAAACGGGGCCUCAUCGCUGGUCUAAGCUCCAUCCUUGUAAGUAAGGAAUGAAAUUAAUUCAGAAGUCGCAUAAUCUCUUUCAGAGAAUGGUGUCUUUCACUCGGAGCAUCCUCAGAUGAGGAAGCAUCGACAUUUAGGUCUAGUGAUACCGUUCUCUGCUGAAUGUAGGAAACCUGAGAGAAAAUGCUUUUUAGUGAAGAUAAUAGAUUAAUGGGAUUGUAUGUACCCUGAAAUAUUUAAAUAUUUACCAAAGGUUGGGGCCUCUUUCUCCAGAGCAUACAGAGGGAGAUUGAUAAACCAACUCAUGAGAGUGUAGCUGAAUGCACCCAAUGGUCGAUUUUUAUUUGUACCCUCUUUUUCAAGAUGGCAUUUACAUAAAUGAUGUAUCUAGAUCUUUUGCAUAUAUAUCUAUUGAGUGAUUUCAAGUUCAGUGUUGACCUUUUGGUGUUAGUGUUAGGUCAAUUUUGACAUGAGUAUAACACCAAACAUAACAUGACGAUGGUCCUGAAAAGUCACUCACUAGUUGUUGAGGUGUCAAUAGUGUGAUCUGGAUCAGUUUGACAUACUCAGAGUAAUUUUUGGACCUAGAGGAAGCAAUCCAUAUUCCAACACCGACACCGGACUUGAAAUCACCCAUCGUUCUUGAUAGUAUAUCAAUACAAAUUAUUAUAGUAGAUUUCAAUGCUUGCAAGCUUGAUAUAUAUGCCCUCUAUAUUGGUUACGAUGUAAGUUGAUAUGGGUCAAUUCGGUGGAUUCAGGGUUUGACAUCGCAUGCAGGCACAGGCAGCGCAUAUAGUGCUAGUGUACUGUAAUGUGACUUUGAUUUAAAGGAGAAUGAAACUCUUGGAGCAAGUUAGCUUUUGUGAAAGCAGAAAAAUCAAAGAAUAAGAUCAACAAAAGUUUGAGUAAAAUAGGACUAGCAAUAAAAGAGUUAUGAGCAUUUGAAUGUCGAGAUCACUAAUGCUAUGGAGAUCCUCCCAUUGGCAAUGCGACCAAGAUCUGUGAUGUCACACACGUACAACUCUCCCAUUUGGACACUGAAAAUAUACCCCAAAACAUCUCUUUUUGCUCAUUCUAAUCAUAUGACAAAUAAUUCAUCAAUGAUAUAAUGUUGUGAAACCUCUGUACUUAAUUGUCAUCUCAUAAUUAAGAACACCUCACCUUGUGAUAGACUCUAUAAAAGUGAGAAUAUAAGUGAAAUAAGUACUAAAGUAAUGAGGGAGUUGUACGUGUGUGACAUCACAGAUCUUGGUCGCAUUGCCGAUGGGAGGAUCUACAUGGCACUAGUGAUCUCAAUAUUCAAAUGCUCAUAACUUUCUUAUCAUUCAUUCAAUCUUCCUCAAACUUUCAACAAUAUGUUUCUUUGAUUUUUCUCUUUGAUAUUGAUUCAUCUGGUUUCAAGGGUUUCAUUCUCCUUUAAUGCUUCAAAAAUGAAUACCAUAUUGCAAGAAUUCACCAAAAACUGUCUAUAUUUCACAAAGAAAAAUGCAGGCAGAUUUCUCUCCCACCUUUUGGACCUAGUAGUAAAUAAAGUAUGCCAGCUGGUCGAGCCGCGUCGGCCAGCACUGAACAAUCACAUGCAUGCAUGUAGUACUAGCACGCACAACACAGAUGUCAAAUUUUACCCAUUGGGCACUGCGAAUUUCGGCCUGUUCGCUGCAACCGAUAGAUGGCGCACCGUAUUGUGAAUCAACCGAAUUGCAUUGAAUCACUUUACAUGUAUUACUUUGUGAGAAAGUGCAAUGUAUAGCCCAAACCAUCAUAUUGAUGUUUUUACUAUUGAAAUCAGGCACAGGUUCAGCUGGUUUAGACCUGAUGGCCCGUAUCCUGAAGUCUGGUUUAACUUAAGCCAUGGCCUAACUGUGUUAAAAUUAUGGGAAGCCAAAAUAUCAAAAAUACAAUAAAAUUAUAUGUCUCCUAUCUUUACUUGGCUCUUUCCACACGUUUUAAUGAUGAAGAGAAACUAUUUCAGUAAUUAUUCCCAGUCAUGAUUUGAGUGUCAAUAUAAGCUGUGAAUUGAACCUUUACUGUCCGAGAUUUGUGUCCCAUUUGGCUUUCCAUAGUUAAACCACAACUUUGGACCAGAGCUUAAAUUAAACCCGAGUUCAGAAUAUGGCCUGUAGUUUUGAGGGGCUGAAUAAUUGUGCACAAACAAUUAAUAUGGCCCCUGAAAUUGUGUUGUAUCCUAUCUGGCUGGAUAUGCCACAGGAAAUAUUUUAUGAAAGUCAUCAGUAUUGCAAAUGGCAUUACAGUGAAUUGGUCAAUCAAGGCCCUGUUGCAUAAAAGUUACUAUUAUGGUAACUUUGCCCUCUGAUGGUAACUACCAUGGUAACGAUGCUUAAUAGCCAAUUAGAAUCAAGGAUUCCAUGAUAGUUACCAUUUGAUGGCAAAGUUAAUGGUAACUUUUAUGCAAUUGGACCCAGUAUCAGUAUCCUUGGGUUUAUUAUGUUUUAAAUCUUUUACUUGUAUGAUUUGUUUUAUACUGCCUUUUCAGUACUUAAUUGAGUGAGCAUUAUUGAUAUUGAUUUAGGAGUACAUGUAAUUGGGACAGAUGCAAAUUCUUGAUUCUCUACAAAUUUACUGUUUUCUUUUCACUGGAAUGCUUGUGUUGUUAUCCUGGAUUUUGUGAAAUUUUCAGCUUUUCAAAAUUGUAUUUUCACAUGUAAUUUUCACCUGUAAUAUUAGUUUAUUGUUUUUUCUGGCUGAUGUUCCAUUGAUUUGUACAAUAAGAAACUUUGCUUAGUUUUAUGACAUUUUAUAUCCAAGUCUUUAUGAUGUCACAGGUUGAAAGCCUGGGGGGGGGGAUUUGCCCCCCCCCCCCCCCUGUUGUGAGAUGGGCCACCUCUAUUUAGAAGAAAGUGUUCCUUUUGGCUGCCCUAUUUUGAAAAAAAUGCCCCCCUUCAUUUUAGAAGUUAGAACUUUUAUUUUACUUGUAUAAUUUUGGCGACCAACAUUCUGUGUUCCCCCUUUUUUUAAAUCCUGGAUCCGCUAUUGGGCAUUAGAUUUAAUGAGAUUUGGACUAAGUUGUUAUAAGAGAAAAACAAGUCAAAAUGUAGGGUAGACCCCCCACAAAAAAAAAUUAGACCAACUAAGGGAAUAUAAACCUCAGGAGGAGCAGAUACAAACACAUCUAUUCAACAUAUCUUGUUCGGAUAUAUUUAAUGAUAUUAAAAGAAGAAUGUGAGACAAUAUUAGCAUAUUAUAUGUAAAGAGAUAUAUUUAACUCAAUAAACCAAAUAACUUCUGAGAUAUAUAUAUAUAA